UAUAUACCCACGCAACUGCUAAACCUUCUACUUUCGUCAUCAUCUUGUUUUGCUAGCUAGCUGAAAAGAUAGCUUUGCUUCUGAUAGCUCCACGAUGCCGAGUGAAGGUGCAGACCAGUCGGAGGGAGACAGCGAACCCUUCGUCGAAAUAGACCCAACCCAGCGGUACGGCCGUUACGACGAGCUACUGGGUUCCGGCGCAGUCAAAAAGGUGUACCGAGCUUUUGAUCAAGAAGAGGGCAUAGAGGUGGCAUGGAACCAGGUCAAACUGAGUAACUUCAUCAACGAUUCCGCCAUGACCGAAAGGCUUUACUCCGAGGUUCGGUUGCUGAAGUCCCUGAAGAACAAAAACAUCAUUGUUUUGCAUAACGUGUGGAGAGACAGGGAGAAAAACAUUCUGAAUUUCAUGACUGAGGUUUGUACCAGUGGGAAUCUGAGGGAGUACAGGAAGAAGCACAAGAACGUUUCGAUGAAGGCCUUGAAGAAGUGGUCGUUUCAGAUCUUGAAAGGGUUGGAGUAUUUGCAUACGCAUGAGCCCUGUGUGAUUCAUAGAGAUCUCAAUUGCAGCAAUGUGUUUGUCAAUGGGAAUCUUGGCCAGGUGAAGAUUGGUGACUUGGGACUGGCUGCUAUAGUAGGGAAGACUCACUCAGCUCAUUCAGUGCUAGGCACACCAGAAUUUAUGGCACCAGAGCUUUAUGAAGAGCAUUACACUGAAAUGGUGGACAUAUACUCAUUUGGAAUGUGUGUACUAGAGAUGGUGACCUUGGAAAUGCCCUACGGCGAAUGCGACAAUAUUGCCAAAAUAUACAAGAAGGUAACCUCCGGGGUCAGACCUCAGGCCUUGAACAAGAUCAAGGACCCGGAGGUGAGGGCAUUUGUCGAGAGGUGCCUUGCACAACCUAGGGCGAGACCCUCUGCAACCGAACUCCUCAAGGACCCGUUCUUUGAUGAGGUUGAUGACGACGACGAUGACGAAAAUAAUUAACUACGUACUUGCUGAAUAACAUAUAUUGUUUGAUGUGUUUAAUUGGCGACUAAUGAAUAGGGUAUUGACGUGAGAUUUAUUGAUGCUUUUGUAUUGGUUACAACAAUCGAGUUUGAGGAAGGGAUCGGUUUGGACUUUUAAUCUUUUAUAAUGAUCGUGUUUUAGUAAGGGAAUUAAUGAUGUAUGCAUUACGU